AUGAGCAUCGAUAUUGGAGGUAUGCGAAUUAAAUAUAAAGACAGAAAUGAUACUUUUUUAGAAAAACAUUUAGUGUCAAAAGAACCCUUUGGACAAUUUGAUACAUGGUUUAAAGAAGCAUGUGGAAAAAAAGAAAUUUUAGAGCCAAAUGCUAUGUGUCUUGCUACUUCAACCAAGGAUGGAUACCCUUCAGCAAGAUUUGUUCUAUUGAAAGGAUAUGGGAAAGAUGGUUUCAAGUUUUUCACAAAUUAUGGAAGCCGAAAAGCUAAGGAAAUGUCAGAAAAUGCAAAUGUAGCAGCUACUUUUUACUGGGAAGUCCUUAACAGAUCAGUAAGAAUUGAAGGUCAUGUUGAAAAGCUUUCUGAAGAGGAAUCUACUUUAUAUUUCCAUUCUCGACCAGUACCUAGUCAGAUUGCUGCGAGUGCUAGUUUUCAAAGCACACCAAUUGAAUCAAGGGAUGUCCUUUGUGAAAGAGAAAAAGUUUUAGAAGCAGAGUAUAUGAUACCUGGCAAGGAGAUUCCCAAACCAGCAUUCUGGGGAGGAUAUAUUAUAAAACCUAGAGUAGUUGAAUUUUGGCAAGGUCAAAGAGAUCGACUUCACGACAGGAUUAAAUUUCGAAGACCAAAAGAAGGCGAAGUGCCUGAUGGUAAAAUAUUACAUGAAGGUGAAGAUGGCUGGGUUUUUGAAAGGCUCUCACCA